CCGCUCUGCAGGCUGCACUCUUCUCCGUACAUCACUAGCGGAACUAUCACGGUAGCUAGUUACCUCUGCUGUCUCAUGUUUCAGAUUGAUUUAUAAAACGCUAAACCGUUGACACCCUUUUAGGCUUGAUAAUGAAAUUGACUGUUGUUCUAGUUUUGCUGUCCGCGGUUUAUAUUAACUGCAGCCCGGGCCCGUUAGAUGAUGUUGUUAUCGAUCGAUAUGACAUUCCAAGAGUUUGUCCCCGAGAAGUACAAACAGGAGAUUUUGUCCGAUACCACUAUAAUGGCACCUUCUUAGACGGAAAGAAGUUUGACUCGAGUCUUGAGCGUGGAAACCCUUUCAUUGGCCAGGUAGGACUGGGCAGGCUCAUCACAGGAAUGGACAGGGGAGUGCAAGGCAUGUGCGUCAAUGAGCGUAGAAAGGUCACCGUGCCCCCACACCUGGCCUAUGGAAGUCUCGGAGCAGGUGGUGUCAUCCCUCCAGACACGGUUCUGGUGUUUGACGUGGUGCUUCUAGACAUCUGGAACACGGACGACAAGGUCCAGAUUCGCACCCUCAGCAAACCAGAGAGCUGCAAGCGUACUGUUGUGGUCUCUGACUUCAUCCGCUACCACUACAACGGCACACUGCUGAACGGCAUCCCCUUCGACUCCAGCUACAGUAGAAACUCCACCUACGACACCUAUGUGGGACAGGGUUACUUAAUCAAAGGCAUGGAUGAGGGUCUUCUGGGCAUGUGCCUGGGAGAGAGACGAACCAUCAUCAUCCCUCCCUUCCUGGCCUAUGAGGAAAAGGGCUAUGGCACCCAGAUCCCCUCCCAGGCCACCCUGGUGUUUGAAGUGCUCCUGGUGGAUCUGUUCAACCCUGAGGACGACCUGAUCGUGGAAGUCAAGGAGGUGCCCAAGCCCUGCCCCCGGAAGACUGUGGUGGGAGACUACAUCCGCUACCACUACAACGGCACCUUCCAGGACGGCUCUUCCUUCGACUCCAGCUACCAGCGUAACAGCACCUACAACACCUACAUUGGCAUGGGCUACGUGAUCGCCGGCAUGGACAAGGCUCUCCAGGGGCUGUGUGUUGGAGAGAAGAGGAGGGUCAUUCUCCCACCUCACAUGGCCUAUGGAGAGAAGGGGACCGGGGACAUCAUCCCUGGCUCGGCUGUGCUCGUCUUCGACAUCCACGUCAUCGACUUCCACAACCCCAAGGACGCGGUGGAGAUCAAGGUCACCUACAAGCCCGAGGAGUGCAACGUCACCAGUGAAAUAGACGACCUGAUCAAGUACCGCUACAACUGCUCCCUGAUGGACGGAACUCUGCUCUACUCCUCAGACCACUUUGAUAGUCCGCCCGUCACCACACUGGGGGCCAAUAAAGUGAUCGAGGGCCUGGACGAGGGUCUGAGAGGGAUGUGCGUGGGCGAGAAGAGGCAGGUGGUCGUCCCGCCCCACCUCGGGCACGGCGAGAACGGAGCCAGGGGUGUGCCCAGCAGCGCCGUGUUGUACUUUGAGCUGGAGCUGCUGGACCUGCAGAAGGGUGUGCCUGAUGGCUACAUGUUUGUGUGGCUGGGAGACAGUCCGGACCCCCUGUUCCCCGCCAUGGACCUGAACAAGGACGGAGAGGUUCCUCUAGAGGAGUUCUCAGAAUUCCUUAUGCUGCAGGUUAAAGACGGCAAAGGCCGACUGAGGCCAGCAAUGGAUGCUGACCAAAUCAUAAAGGACAUGUUCAAGAACCAGGACCGCAAUGGUGAUGGGAAGAUUGUGCCCGAUGAGCUGAAGCUGAAGGUGGAGGAGGACUCAGAAAAAGCAAAACAUGAGGAACUGUAGGGGGGACAUAUUUAAAGGGGACAGGGGGGACACUGGCACAUGGAUAUGGUCAAACUAGUAUCUAUGCAUCCAAAUGGCUUUUAACUUUUGGAGAAGAGCAGGAUGAAAAUAUAAUACAGGUCAAAAAUGAU